AGGGGAGAGGCUGGCGGGAGGCGGGGUGUGGAAUCAGUCGCUGCUGCGGGCGGGCGGGGCGCAGGCCGCAGGGCCGGGCCGGAGCCGCGGGGGGAGCGGAGGCGCCGGUAUCCGAUUCACUCGCUGGGGAGACCUAUGGGCAGAAGCCGUGUAAAUGCGUUUUAAGGGGCCUCAGCUCCCCAGCAGCAGCUACUCCUCGGGGUGUUGCACAAGUUCUGAGCUCACCUGCGAGCCCCCCUAGCAUCGCACCCGGCUCUGCCCCCCCCCAAGGAGGACGGGGCUCGUGUGUUGCAUACUUUCUACGGCGGUGGGAGCCGGUCCACCUAGCAUUCCCCGUGGCUCCCAAGCAUGGCUGGCUACCUGAGUGAAUCAGACUUUGUGAUGGUGGAGGAGGGCUUCACCACCAGAGAUCUGCUGGAGGAGCUGACCCUGGGGGGCUCACAGGAUGAAGGUGUCUCCUUCUUUGUGGCCGACCUAGGAGAUGUGGUGAAGAAGCACCUUCGUUUUCUGAAGAACCUACCCCGGGUCAGACCCUUCUUUGUCGUCAAGUGCAACAGCAGCCCUGGGGUGCUGAGGGCCCUGGCGGAGCUGGGGCUGGGGUUCAGUUGUGCUAAUAAGGCAGAGAUGGAGCUGCUACGGCACAUUGGGGUCCCUGCCCACAAGAUCAUCUAUACCAGCCCAUGCAAGCAGGCUGCCCAGGUGAAGCAGGCUGCCAGGCUUGGCAUUCGAGUGCUCAGCUUUGACAACGAGGUGGAGCUGGCGAAGGUGGCGAGGUCCCACCCCACUGCCAGGAUGGUUUUACGCAUUGCCACAGAUGACUCCUGCUCUCCUGCCCGCCUGAGCAUGAAGCUCGGUGCUACUCUGAAGUCCUGUAGACACCUGCUAGAAACUGCCAAGAAGAUGAACAUGGAUGUGGUGGGUGUUAGUUUUCAUGUUGGAAGUGGCUGCGCCUCCGACCCUCAGGCCUUUACUCAAUCCAUCGCAGAUGCUCGCCUGGUGUUUGAAAUGGGGACUGAGCUGGGCUACCGGAUGCACAUCCUGGAUCUUGGAGGUGGCUUUCCUGGCACUGAGGACUCCAAAGUCAGAUUUGAAGAGAUGGCUUCUGUGAUCAACUCAGCCUUGGAUAUGUACUUUCCUGAAGGCUGUGGAGUAGACAUUCUGGCUGAGCCUGGACGCUAUUAUGUGGCUUCUGCUUUUACCUUGGCUGUCAGGAUUGUUGCCAAGAAAGAAGUUCCAUCAGAUCAGGCUGGCUUGGAUGAGGAAGACGGGGCCUCUCCCAAGAGUAUCGUGUACCAUAUUUCUGAGGGUGUCUAUGGAGCCUUCAACUGUGUCUUCUUUGACAACGCUUGUCCCAUGCCCAUCUUGCAGAAGAAACCAUCUCCAGAUCAGCGUAUGUUUAGCAGCAGCCUCUGGGGCCCAACCUCUGAUGACUUGGACCGUGUGGCUGAGAGCCUCUGGCUGCCUGAGCUGCAGCCGGGAGAUUGGCUCAUCUUUGAGAACAUGGGAGCCUACACCGUGGGCACGACGGCCUCCUGCAGUGGGCGCCAGGCCUGCCAGACUACUUAUGCCAUGUCUAGAGUCACCUGGGAAGCAGUGCGAGGCAGGCUUUUGCCUCCGGAAGAGGAGGCAGAGGACAUGUGUAAACCCCUGUCGUGUGGCUGGGAGAUCGCAGACACUCUGUGUGUGGGCCCCGUCUUUGCUCCCACCAGCAUCAUCUGAGCUGUCCCUCCAGUUUUCCCUCUAUCUCUUCUUGGCCCUGCUCCCCUACCUGAGAACGGGUCGGUAGGGGGGGUGGUGGGCUGAGGCAGAUGGAUGCCUUCCAGGGAGGUGGGGGGAGGAGGUAGGAAACCUCUCUGAGGAGGCAAGGACUCUUGUGACCUCUGGGCCCUGUACCCCAAACCCUGCCUCUAGUGUUUCUGCCCUGUAAGUAGGCCCAGUCUUACAAUCGCUGUAGUUAAAGUAUGCAACAUAAAUCCUGUCCCUUCCAAUUGUGUCUGUGUCCUCUCCAGCGCCAGUCAGGUCUGUCUGCCUUCCUGGUCUGUCUGUCUCUUUCGUUUUGUCCAUCCGUCUGUUCUGUCUGUCCAUUAUAUCCCCUCCCCCUGGCUUCCACUUAAUCUUUUCUCUGUAAAUACAUGCUAAUAAAUAUUUAGGUUUUACUAUCUUGA